GGCAGAUGGCAAAGAGCACCGAGCAGGGCACCCAAGGAAACAGUCCGGUCCGUUGCAGACUGCUCCCAGGGACAAACAGAAAUAAAAACAGGGAAAUUAAAAUAGCUCCCAUCAUCUCAGUCAGAGCUCUCCAAAGGUGGAAUGUGCUGCUCUCACCCCUUCUGACGAACAGCACAGCGAGGGCCAGUCUGUUUGAAGGGACAAAAACAAAAGUGAGCUCAGCGAAAGCUUGGAUCCAGAGGUUGGCUGGCUCCUUGGCAGUGAAUCUGAGGAAGAGAUUCCGGCAUUGGGGAACAAGCUGAAUUCUGCAAUUCCUGGGGCCCACUCCAGCUGCAAGGAUUACAACUGAAUAAUUCAGCAGCUCACACCCAGCACAGCACAGGUCUGUCCUGCCUGGGCCUGAAAGACAAGGGCAGAACCCAGAAUGUGAUCUAUGCUAGGCCAGGUGAGAGAAGCCUCCCAUACUCGUUGAUACCUUUUGUUUCGUAAAAUCUUCAUUUCCAAAUGUAUCUCUCCCCAACCCACCCAGAAAAGUGGACACGGGAGAGCUAUUCCUUCUAACAAAGAAUAAAAAAGCCAAAAGAAAAAAGAGUUUACACAAAUCUGGCCAAUUCAUCCACCAAGUCUGACUUUUAAACCAGUCCAACUUCUUCAUUUUAUAGAUGAAGACCCAGACACCCAAAGAGAUAAAGUGCCUUCGCCCCAGUCAGAUAGCAAGUCAGUCUGAAGACAAUCGCAAUCUCCUCUGAGAGCACAUUAAACACCACCUGAACCCACUAGGAGUUAUCUGGGACCAUGGUUGGACUAAAACCCACGGAUGUACCUCCCACAACUGCAGUCAAGUUCGUAGGGGCUGGCACUGCUGCCUGCUUUGCUGACCUCCUCACCUUCCCAUUGGAUACAGCCAAAGUUCGACUACAGAUCCAAGGAGAAUCCCAGACAGAGAAGGCAAUUCAGAAUGUUCGAUACCGGGGAGUGCUGGGUACCAUUACAACAAUGGUGAAGACUGAGGGCCCCAGCAGCCUCUACAAUGGACUAGUGGCUGGACUGCAACGCCAAAUGAGCUUUGCCUCCAUCCGAAUUGGCCUCUAUGACUCUGUCAAGCAAUUUUACACGCCCAAGGGAGCAGAAAACUCCAGCAUCAUCGUCCGGAUCCUGGCAGGAUGCACAACGGGGGCCAUGGCUGUGACCUGUGCUCAACCCACAGAUGUGGUGAAGGUGCGUUUCCAGGCCAGUGUCCGACUGGGACCAGGAAGCAGCAGAAAGUACAGUGGGACAAUGGAUGCCUACAGGACAAUUGCCAGGGAGGAAGGGAUCAGGGGCCUGUGGAAAGGAACUUUGCCCAACGUCACCAGAAAUGCCAUUGUCAACUGUGCCGAGAUGGUGACUUAUGACAUGAUAAAGGAGGCACUGAUAGACCACCACCUGAUGACUGACAACUUCCCCUGCCACUUUGUCUCAGCCUUUUCAGCCGGUUUCUGUGCCACCGUUGUGGCCUCCCCUGUGGAUGUUGUGAAAACCAGAUAUAUAAAUUCCCCUCCAGGCCGCUACAGUAGCACCAUGGACUGUAUGCUGAAGACUCUGAGCCAGGAAGGUCCUACAGCCUUCUACAAGGGAUUUACUCCCUCCUUUCUUCGUUUGGGAUCCUGGAACGUGAUGAUGUUUGUGACCUAUGAGCAGUUGAAACGGGCCCUUAUGAAACUCCAGAUGUCGUGGGAAUCUUCAUUUCAGCCAAAAUGAGAAGAGUAUUGGAAUAUGGAAAUCAUAAGAAUGAUAUACAUACACAAAGAUAAACAUAAACAUUUAUAGAACUGUUUGAUUACUGCCAAACCUUAAGAAAUACCCUUUCAUAGAUUGAAACGUGAAGAAAUGGAAGAAGAAAAAGUAGAUAAGAAGGAAGUUUCUGUCUUAGGAACAGCCUUGUCAGGUACUGACAAGAUAAAAUCAUAAAUUAUAUUAAUUUUUAAACAUAUCAAGGUUGCUGCCUAAUAUUUAGGCAAGAGAAGAUAAAUUCAAACAGACCUAUCUGGGAAAAACAGAAGGUAUGGUGGAUGUAUUCUGGAUGUUGGAUUAGAAAAUUAAUUGAGAGCAGUUUAAGAAGAGCAAGACUUUAAGUCAAGGGCAGAGAUGAAUAGGUAUCAAAGUUUCUAUUCACUGAGGAAUAUAGGAUAUAGUUGGAAAUCUCUCAAAAUCAUAGAACCUUAUUGUUUGAUGGAAAAUGUCAGAACACAUCUAGUUCAACCUGUAUGUGAACAGUGAAUGCUUCCAUAAAGUCCUGGACAAAUUGCA